UGAUGAGUGCAGUGGUGGGAACAGAGCUUUGCUGACUAAUACCUCCAUGUUAACCCUGGAAAGACUUGAGAACAUUUCCCAGCUGUCAUUUUCAUCUUCGUUCCCAUUUGUGAAGCCUAAGAUUCACUCUGUAAUUUUAACUUUCUUCACCAGAUGCAGAGGGUUUUUGUUUUUGGAAAUUAGUUUUGUCAUGCCGCUCUCUCCCUUUUUAAAAAAAAAAAACAUUCGAAAAACAAAAAGAAGCACCACGAGAUUCAGAGGUUCGGUAGACCUUGUACCGAGACAUACUCAGUAUGUGGGUUAGGAGAACAACGGAUAAAAAUUGGGGGAAAUUGGAUAAAAGGAUAAAAAAAUAACACUCACAUACUGAAAAUGCACAACAUAGUGGUAAAAGUCUCAGACAAAUAGGGUUUAAAAUGACGUCUUCCGCCAACACCUAAGAUUAUUGUUGUCAUAUAUUAUAGUAAGUGAUUUGCAAGCUUGUGAGGAAUUUACAAUAAACAAAAAAAUACCUUAAAAAGGAUUGCAUCACUUAAGAGUUUUUCCAUAAAUAUAAGACUACCUGCUGAAAAGUGCAGGCUCAAACAAGCCCUCUAAUGUGAAAAAAGUAAUGCUGGAUUCAUGUCAAAGACGCAGGGAACAUUGCUGAGUUCUAGCCAAAUGCCCCAGGGUAACUACUGAAUGGGAAACUUGUCAUUUUCUCUUCCCCCCUUCUUUUUUUCCAUUCCUUUCUUGGCUUGGUGUGUCACUUAACACUGCUGUGGUCAAAUUUAUUUUGCCAUCAUCACACUUGGUACUGUGCAGCCACCCUUGCAAGACAUUUAAACGCAUUAACUUUGGAAACAAGGCUUAGCUCGGCACUUCUAGCUUAUGGGUGCUGAUAUUUUAUGUCUGUCUGUCAGCAAGACAAACUACCAAGUCAAGCUUGGUGGACAGGUGAAGCAAAUCCAGAUCACUUUUAUUUUAAAUUCAAAAACGGAUCGUUGGCUUUAGUGGAGAAUGGAGUCUCUGGCCAACUUUCUAGUUUACUUAAAAAUGGUCAUCCAGCCUUUAUUUUAAUAAUAUUACUUAUAAAAAAUUCUCAUUUUGGAGCAUAUUCCCUUUUAAACCUGUCUGACUGAACUCACAGACCAAAGUUUCAGCAUUCUGGUACUUCAUCUGCUUUAUUGUCCCAGCUGGUUACUGCUCUAUCUGCCAGCCACCGGUGAACAACAGAACACCAUGACUACUGCAGUAAACAAGCUUUAAGAAGCUCUUUGUAUAAGCGGGCACACAAACACUCACAGUGCAGAGAAAUAUAGGAAGUAGAGGGUAACACGGCAGAAAGCUUAUGUGUUUUUUAAAAGGAAGGAGCAGACACCAAAGAUUCAGAACAUCGGGUGAUGCCAGUGAUCCAGGAACCAGCAGACAAAAUGUUCUUUGAAAAUGCCAGCCUGCAGCAACCGCGUCGCCACCACGAAUUCUUUCUGCGCAGUAGACCCUACAGGGGCGAACCACCAACAGUGGCAGGAUUCCUCCUCUACCCGGACACACCUGCUAAGAUGGAGACCACAUCACGUGAGGCUUUCUGCUUCAGGCCUAUCCCAGACCAAGAUCCAGGCAAAGGUCAACAGACUUGGCUCACCCUAGAGAGAAGAGGAAACAGACGCGAGGACAGAGAAGUGAGAGGGAAUGAGCAAGAAGGCAACCGUGAUCACAUGUCAGCAGCAGCAAAAAACGAACAGGAAACAGCCCAGAUGCAGUCUCAGUAUCAGAAAGACUUCCCUCCCCCAUCCUCCUGCCACAGGAGGCGGACACCUGCUUUCCCGCAGCCUGACAACAUUGGCAUCAAUCCUGCGUUCAGGAUCAACUUCAGCACGGUCCAAAGAGAGACUUACCCAGGCUGGCCCAUCGUGAAUGUCGGGUACGGUGGAAGGCAAAGACCAGCUAAGCAUGACUUCUAAGCGGCAGUGGAAAUCAUCUUGCAUGUUUGCAUACAUGCAUGAUUAAUAUUAAAUGUCAAAGUCAUAUUUAACAAAUGCUUAAAAUUUGUCUUGUCCCAGCAUGUAUUCCCAAUAAUCAAACAGUAAUAAACACAAACCAGUGGAAAAAAGCCUCAGUUUUCAGUGUGUU